AUGAGUUAAAAAGAAUUUUUGGAACUAUUGAGUUUAUAACCUCUUAUAGGUAUAAUCUACUGUUCAAUAGUUUUGAAAAGUAAACACAUCAAGUGUCACACGUGGUUUAAAGUAGAUAUUAAUAUAUAUAAAUCAUUAAAAUAAUGGCAAAAGUAUUAGAUUUAGUAAAUUCAGUAAAUGACAGUGUUAAUAAAUCUAAAGAUUUUACUAUAAAUUUAUUGACGACAAGUUCUGAUUUACCAUUUUUAAGUGAUGAGAUAACCGACUUUUACAAUUUAGUAAUAAGCAAAAUAAACUCAUUUUUAAAUAAACCCGACACCCGAGUAACCGGCGUGGUAAUUCUAUCAAAAUAUCUCCCACGAUGUUCAAAAGACGUGCUCCUAAAAUACGGAACCUUCUGGAUAUCGAAAGUAGUCCAGGUGUUGGAGAGCAAUUACGAGCCAGGUGAGCUGUCUUUAGCAUGCAAAGUGCUGGGAGAACUAUUGAUCGUGUCUAAACAGAUACCGGAACUAGCAAAAGAGAUAUCGAUCCAUAAUAUCAAGCCACUGGCUUCUCUUAUCACUAGCUUUGAUAUAAAUGACAAGGGAACGAGUCUGUUAUACCCGCUUGCUAUUUUACUUCAUUACUACAAAGAGUCUACUGAAAAAUUUCAGACACCAAUAAGAGAGCUGAUUCUUCCUACGAUAGACUCUCAAAGUGAAGAAAUAGUCCAAGCAGGCGCUAAUAUUUUUACUUUACUGACCCGAGCUACUGAACGUUCUUUCAAACCCAUCGAAUCAAAGCCUUUGUACACUAAUUGGACCUACAAUUUGUUGUUGAUCUGUAACAGCCUUGACGAAAUAUUGGACACUUUGUUUAACGAUAAGUCAAACAAUUCUGACGAAUUUAAAUUAAAAUUGCCGAGUGUUUCUGAAGAAAAUGUCCUGGAGUAUUACUUCAAGCUCCAAAGACGAUUUGAGAAUCUCUGUGUCUUUUUGUCUACAAUGUUACAUGGGUGUGGAGAAAGUAACAGCGUGAUCCCCAAUGAUAUACUCAAUCUGGUAGAACGUGGUUUCAAUAUUUCUCCAUCAAGCUUGAUCAAGGAAGACUCGGUGCAGAACCAGAUCCUGUAUAUAAUUCUCCCGAAAUUACAUGUCAGUUUAUUCAACGUCCUGAAUGCUUUUAUCGAAGGAUUCAAGGAUAACUUAGUUCCAUUUGCCAACGAGAUACUUCCAUUAUACAAGCAUACGUUGAAUUGGACAAACGGAUCAGAUAAUCAAACUAUCGGGGGUAAAAAGCCGUUUACUAAUGUUAGGCUAUCGGCUUAUAAAAGUUUGAAAGUUUGGAUGAGAAACCUGAACGGUUUAUCGGGAGUUGAGAUCAUUUGCGAUGAUAUUAUUCCUUGGCUAUUAAAAGAUAUUACUCCUGAAAAAUCUCAAGUUUUACUUACUAUAAAAAAAACAACGGCAACAUCUAAAAAGGCAUUUAAAAGAACAAGAGACAAUCAAAUAAAAAAUGAUUUAACACUCGACAAUUCAAUUGGAGAGAAAGAAUCAAUAGACGUAGAUCUGUGUAAAGAAGCUUUGCAUUGUUUGCAAAAUAUUUUCAAAUAUUCGAGUUUAAUAAAGCUACCGCUUUACAAAGUAACAGAGGAAUUAAUAAUAUCUUUACUGUACAACGUAUAUAUGGACAGUAACAAUUUCUACAGACAGAAUCCCGAAUGCCACUUGCAAUUGCUGAGGACACUGAAGACAAUGCAGAUGAAUCCUCACCCAUUAGGAGCAUCAUCAAUGCACCACUGCAUUGAAUUAUUUAGCUCGGCGUCUCGUGAAAAUAAUCUUCAGGUCGUUGAAGAAGCUAAAGAAGCAUUAAUGCAGCUUGAAAAGAUCUCCCAUCCAAGUGCUCCAACUCUUAGUCUCCCUGUUUUAAGCACUACUGAAUAAAUCAAUACUUUGCUUGUAUUAAAAAAAAAAAACUAAACAUUUUUUUUUUAUCAUAUCUCUUUUCACUGGUGCCAAAAGUAUAUCAAUCAUAUAUUUAAAUUAGCAUAAUAUAACACCAACGUCUAACCUUUUCUAAAAAAAAUAGAAACGCGGAUUCAGACAGUCUUUAAAUUUCUUUAGAGUAAAUAUUCUUCACCUUUUGCACUUACCAGGCUCAUUAAAAAUAUUUCCAAGCAAGUUACAUCUUUAUUCAAUGACAUUUAUCGUAAUUUUUUAAAUUACUAUAGAAAUUUUGUAAUAAAAAUUUUUUAUGAUUAUAUAACAAGUAAAUAAAAGUUGACGUAAAGACAACUUGUUUAUGCUAUAGAAAAAUAUGGAAGUAGACCAAUGACACUAAGUGCAUACUAUAAACAAA